GACCAAUGAAACGUCUUGCAACGCAUGUUAGAACUGACGCCAAAAAGUUUGAUACUGGCAAACGAAAACCGCAAGAACUGAAUCAAGUAGUCUCGACGGAGUUGGGACGCACACAAACCCAGCCCCGGGACAGCCAACUAGCAAGCAUCAGGCUUCCUGAACACUAAACAGAAGCAGGCCUUGACCCACCACUGCCCCUCCGACUGCGAAGCCAGCCCAACACGAGAAUACACAAAAUAUGGGGGAUGUGCAGCUUGUGACAACGCGGAUCUCCAAGACCAGCCUGACACAAGGCCGAGGUUCCCCAAGUCAGGAUCCUCCAGCCUUCACUCUCCCACCCCGCAAUGCCCGGGUCAGUCUGGGAGGGACAGCGCGGCUGGAUGGGAAGGUGAGAGGAUACCCUGAGCCCCAGGUCACGUGGUCCAGGAAUGGGAAAGCAGUGACUGCUGGAGAGCGGUUCGUCAUGGAACAGAGUAGCCGCGGAACCUUCAGCCUGGUGGUACACGGUGUCCAGGAGGAGGAUGCAGGGCGUUACACGUGUGAGGCUGUCAACGAUGCUGGGAGCCGCCAGGUCACAGUGGAGAUCACUAUAGAAGGGAACACAGGGAAGAAAUCCAGACUCCCCUCCUCCAGUAGAACAGGUGGGCGGUUUGGAGUGUCGACCAUGGAGAGUAUGCCCAGUAUCUGGGGGGAGAGCCCCCCUAAGUUUGUGACAAGGCCCUCGCGCAUCUUUGUCCGAAUGGGACAGAGUGGCAAGUUCUCUGCCAAAAUCACAGGACGCCCACAGCCCCUGGUUACCUGGCUUAAGGGAGAUGAAGAGCUUCAUACUUCUUCCCACUUCAACAUGUUUGAGAAGUCGGGAAUCCACUUCCUGGAGAUCCGAGACGUGUGUGUGGACGAUGCAGGAAUGUACACCUGCUCUGUGGCCAACAGUGCUGGGAAGGCCACAGCUACAGCAGAGCUGAAUGUUCAGGGUUCAGGCAGUGAGGCUGGCAUCCUUGGUCCCUCUGCUCCGGUGGCCCCUGUCCCAAAGACAACUGACUCACCCGAAGUCAAGCACACAAGUAACGGCCUGCUCGCUGACCGGCGUUCACCGACCAAGACAGGGGACAGGACUGAGACCAGAGAGAGACUCGCCACACUCACCAGGGAGACCAAAGACCACACAGAGCUGACCAAAGCAACAUGGAAGGACACCAUGGUGUCUCCCAAGACCACCAUCCUGGUGUCUCCCAAGCCCCCUGCAGACCUGCCUGAUGAGGCCCCUAGAAAGCCUGGAGUGGCAACCCCAAAGGCUGCCAGCUCCACCAGUCUGCAACACCAUCUAAGAGGCCAGGGAGCUGCUAGGACCAGCCCAGACCCACACAGAGCCCCUGAGAGGGAUACAAGGGAUAGGGUGAAGACCUCCCCAGUGGGAGUCCAGAGCCCCCCACAGCCAUCUCCAGAGCCCACUAGAGAGACUAGAAGGCAGGCCAGAGAGUGCAGGUCAGCGAGGACAGCAGAGACUGCUGGAGCUCCACCAAAAUUUGACUCUGUACCUCAGAGCCAGGACACUAAAGAGGGGACCAAAGUCGCAUUCAAAUGCCAAGUCUCAGGCUCUCCCGUGGCUGGCCUGAGCUGGGUUAAAGAUGGCUUCCCUUUGAGACCCAGAGCAGGGCUGAGUUUCCAGCAGGACGGCAACACUCACACCCUCACUGUGGACAACGUCCAGAAAAGGGACAGUGGGACGUACGGAUGCACCCUGACUACUAGCACUGGGAAGGUGUCCUCGACUUGGAACCUCACGGUCAAGAACCCACGGCUGGAGGGCAAGCCCCCUGCGUUCAGCACUGUCCUGAAGGGAUGUUCAGUGAGUGAGGGCCAGGACUUCCUUCUGCAGUGUUCAGUGGAGGGGGAGCCUCUACCGAACAUCUCCUGGCUCCUAAAUGACAAGCCAGUGCCGCAUGCCCACUCUGCCUUUGAGAAUGGCCUGACCCAACUCACAGUCCAGGGUGCACUGCCAGAGGACGAAGGCCAGUACGCGUGUGUCGCUGAGAACAGCCAUGGGAGAGCGGUGUGCACUUCCAGAGUCAUCGUCAAAGCGAAGAAUACUUUCAAGAGGACGGACCCUCCAAAUGCAGUUGACGCCAAGAAGCCGUCGAAGCCGUCUGCCCCUGUAUUCCUACGUGGUCUGAAGGAUCUGAAAGUCAUGGACGGUAGCAAAGUCAUCAUGACCGUAGAGGUGGCGGGGAAUCCUCAUCCAGAGAUUGUGUGGCUCCACAAUGGGAAGGAGAUCCAGAAGUCAGAGGACUUCCACUUUGAGCGGAAGGGGAGCCAAUGCAGUCUGUUCAUCCAGGAAGUCUUCCCUGAGGACACUGGGAAGUACACCUGUGAGGUGUGGAACGAAGUGGGAGAGGUUCGCACCGAGGCCUCGCUCACUGUGCAAGAGCCCCAGGACGGGGUGCAGCCCUGGUUCAUCACUAAGCCCAAGUCCACCACUGCCUCCUUGGGCCAGAAUGUCCUGCUGUCCUGUGCCAUCGCUGGGGACCCCUUCCCCCAGUGGAGCUGGAUGAAGCAGGGCCAGGUGGUGACCACUGGGCUGGACUAUGAGAUUCUGCAGAAAGAGGAUGUGGUGUCCCUGCUCAUCAGGCGAGUCCGGCCCCACCACGCCGGGGACUACGAGAUCAGCCUGAGGAACAAAGUGGGUGACUGCAGUUGUGCUGCCACUCUGUUGGUCAGUGAGGGUGCUGUGGUGUCCAGUGGAGAGCACCAAACGCUUGAGCCUUGUCAGCGUGUGGGAGGAGUGGACGGGACAGUGCGAGGCAGAGGAGCACCGAGCAGCAGCACUAGCGCUAGCAGCAGCUCCAUUCAGCAGCAGCAGGAGUCGGAGGAGCCCAGCGCAGCCCGAGGACUCCUGAAGAGGCGCGUGGAGACCAAGGAGCACCCCGAGGACCAGAUCCGCCUGCAGGAGGCUGAGCAGCGCGACUUCCGCACGGUGCUGGGCAGGAAAGUCACCACCAAGAGCGUCUCCGAGGAGGACCUGAAGGAGAUCACGGCGGAACAGAUGGACUUCAGGAGCCAGCUCCAGCCCAGAGGGGUCAAGCCCAAGACCCUGUCUGAAGAUGAGAGGAAGGUCAGCGCUCCCGCACAGGUGGACUUCAGAGCCGUCCUGGGUAAGAAGGGGGGAGCCCCGAAACAAGGCGCCGCUCCUGCCGAAAAAGGAGAGCCUGCAGAUUUUAGAUCGGUUCUGGCCAACAAGAAGAAGCAGACGAGCUUGGAGAACAACGGGGAGAGCCCUGCUCCAGCAGCAGCUCUGGCACCAGCAGCAGCAACACCCAAAGCUCCUGCUUCUUCCCCUGACAAGAAAGAGAAGGAGAAGAACGCUGUCAACUGUGUGGAUGGUGGGAUUAUUGAUAAGAAGAAUAACAACAUUGGAAAGGAGCCAGUGUUCAGUCAGAAGCUGAGUGAUGUGAGCGUGGUGGACGGGGCUCGACUGCGACUACAGUGCCAGGUGACCUGUGACCCCCCUGCUACCACUACCUGGACACUAGACGGGAAGGUCAUCAAGCCGUCCAAGUUUAUCAAGCUGUCCAACGAAGGAGGCCAGUGCUCCCUGACCAUCGACAAGGCCCUGCCCGAGGAUGAGGGCCAGUACAAGUGUCGGGCAGAGAAUUCUGCCGGUAAAGCUGAGUGUUCCUGCAUGGUGCUGGUGGAUGAUCCUACAGACACAAACUCGACUGCAGCAGACAAGAAGAUCAAGAAGCCAUCCACCCCUACCUCAGAGAGUGAGGCGAGGAUAAAGAAACCGAAUACAAAGAUGCCUCCCAAACAGGCUAUGCCCCCUCAGAUUGUCCAGUUCCCAGACGACAUGAAGAUUCUGGCAGGGGAGAAGGUGGAAAUUCUCUGUAAGUUUGGAGGAGCUCCACCAGUCAACUGCACCUGGCUCAAGUUCCGCAAACCAAUUCAAGAGGUCAAAGGUGAUUUAACCAUUGAAACCACUGAGGUCACCAGUAAACUGACCAUCGCAGACAGCCAGCAGGACCACUGUGGCUGCUACACCCUCGAACUGCGAAACAGCUACGGCUUGAGACAGGCAGCUCUCAACCUCACCAUUGUGGACAAACCUGAUCCCCCUGCACGAGUUCCAGCCGCCUCAGACAUCCGCCGCUCCACACUCACACUGUCAUGGUACGGCCCCACCUACGACGGGGGCAGUGCCGUCCAGUCCUACAACCUAGAGAUAUGGAACUCGGUGGACAAGGAGUGGAAGAACCUCGUCUCCUGCAACAGCACCUCCUAUAAUGUCCAGAACCUGCUGGGUCAGCGCCAGUACAAGUUCAGGGUGCGGGCAGUCAAUAUCUAUGGCAUCGGGGAGCCCAGUGCCGAGUCUGAGGCUGUCACAAUGUUAGAGGAGGAUGUUGAGGAAAAGGAGGAGGUUGAGGAUGAUGAAGAGAAAGAGCCAGACUACAGAGAUGUGAUCGUUAGAACAGAUGUGAAAGUAAAGGAUCUGUAUGAUGUGGAAGAGAGGCUCGGAACGGGGAAAUUCGGACAGGUGUUCAAACUUUUGGAGAAGGGAACAAAAAAGCACUGGGCUGGAAAGUUCAUCAAGGCCUACUCUGCAAAAGAGAAAGAUCAUGUGAGACAAGAGAUUGCAAUAAUGAACUCCCUCCAUCACCCCAAACUUGUCCAGUGCAUUGAUGCCUUCGAAGGCAAGUCCGACAUCGUCAUGGUUUUGGAAAUGAUCUCUGGUGGGGAGCUGUUUGAGCGUAUCAUCGAUGAAGACUUUGAGCUGACAGAAAGGGAGGUCAUUAAGUACAUGCUGCAGAUUGUGGACGGGGUUCACUACAUCCACAAGCAGGGCAUCGUCCAUCUGGACCUCAAGCCUGAGAAUAUCAUGUGUGUCAACAAGACCGGGAACACCAUCAAACUCAUUGACUUCGGCCUCGCUCGCAGACUAGAAAGCUCUGGAACAUUGAAAGUUCUGUUUGGAACCCCUGAGUUUGUGGCCCCUGAAGUGAUCAACUAUGAAGCAAUCAGUUACCCAACAGACAUGUGGAGUAUAGGGGUCAUCUGCUACAUCCUGGUGAGUGGCCUGUCCCCAUUCAUGGGGGAUAACGACAACGAGACCCUUUCCAAUGUGACCUCGGCCACUUGGGACUUUGAAGACGACGCCUUCGAUGAGAUCUCAGACCACGCCAAGGACUUCAUUACCAACUUGCUGAAGAAAGACAUGAAGGCUAGGCUGACAUGCGAUCAGUGCUAUGAGCACCCAUGGCUAAAACAAGACACUGGCAAAAUGGAGGCCAAGAAGCUGUCCAAGGAGAGGAUGAAGAAGUACAUCUUGAGAAGGAAAUGGCAGAAAACCGGACAUGCAGUGCGGGCCAUCGGAAGGCUGUCAUCAAUGGCGAUGUUGGCGGGCGUCAGUGCCAAGAAAGGCUCCCCUACUGAAGAGGACAACCAGUUCCUUGAAUGCCUAGAGUAUGAGGAGAAAACCCAGGUCAAGCCCACCUUCAGCUCAGUCAUCAAGGAUGUGGAGGUGGUGGAGGGGAGCGCAGCCAGAUUUGACUGCAAGAUCGAGGGCUACCCUGAUCCAGAGGUGGUGUGGUACAAAGACGAACAGCCAAUCAAGGAGACCCGCCACUUCCAGAUUGAUUACGACGAGGAGGGCAACUGCAGCCUGGUGAUCUCGGAAGUGAACGGUGACGACGAUGCCAAAUACACCGUCAAGGCUGUCAACAGCCUGGGCGAGGCCACGUGCACAGCCGAACUCCUGGUGGAGGUGAUGGAGGAGGAGGAGGAGGAGGAGGAGGAGGAGGAGGAGGAGGAGGAGGAGGAG